AUGGCUGUAGAAGGUGCGGCCAGAGCUCUGUGGGCGUGCAGCGUGUCGCGGGCGGGACGGACUGCGCUGCUACGGGCUAGUGGUUUGGAGAUGGUGGGCGGCCUUCUGGGUGUGGCGCGUCCGAGCCUCCUUGUGCCUGUCGUGGGCGUCCUCCAUCAGUGCGUGGCUGAGGCGGUUUUCCGAGAGCGCGUCGAGGCAGCUGGCUACACCUCCGCCCUGGUCAAGCUGUUGCACUCGCCGACGCCGCAGCUGCAGAUCCUCGCUACAAAGGCCAUUGCGAGGUGCUCGGUGCUGGAGGCCACGAGCUCGCGUCUGGUCCGAGAGGGCGGCCUCGAGAUGCUCGUCAACAUGCUCCGACGCGAAGCCAAGACCUACGUCGACGCCCUGAUCGAGAAGGACCUCGCCUUCGCCAGGGAGUACGGGCUGGUGAUCGACGCCCCUGGAGUCCCUCGGUCCAGGAAGGCGUCCAUGAUGCCUGACGGGGCGGGCCGCGAGGGGGCGUCUCUUCUGGAAGCGGGUCCUGAGGGCGUCGCCACAGUCCCCGAGGGAGGCACUGCCGGCGACGCAGCCAAGGGCGCCCCAGUCGACGUCACAGUGAGCGUGGCGGGCGAGGGCGAAGGAGGCGCGACAGAGGGCGGGAACAGCGAGCUCCUGGAGGCCGUCGCGGAGGCCAUGUGGCACGUGUCGUCCCUGCCCGAGCACGUGGUCGUGGUCAAGGAGCUGACGGCGGUGCCCGUGCUGGUGGCGCUGCUGCAUCACAACGACGAGAAGGUGCUGACGAGCGUGGUGGGGGGCCUCGGGGAGGCGGCCGGCGACCCUGAGUGUUGCACGAUCCUCCUGAGAGGCGGCGGCGUGACCACGCUCAUCCAGCUCCUCCGGAGGACGUCGGACAAGUUGCUGCUGAACGUGACGCGCGCGCUCGGGGCUUGUGCCGCCGACGAGGAGGCCCUCGAAGCGCUCCUGCAGCAGGACGGCCUGCGCCUCCUGUGGUCUCAUCUCAAGAACCCCAACUGCCGCGUCCAGGCCUCUGCUGCCAACGCCAUCUGCACCUGCCUCCAGCAAGAGUCGGAAGACCUAGCGGAAGUCGUGAGGAGCCUCGUGGGCGGCAUCGAGCUCCUGGUGUCCCUGCUGGAGAGCGAGAGCGAGGCCGUGCUGUCCGCCGUGUGCGCCGCCAUCGCCAGGAUCGCCAGAGACCCCCAGAACCUCGCCAUCAUGACGGACUACGGCGCCGUCACGUCCCUCUCCAAGCUCGCCGUCAGGGUACGGCCGGCAGGUGACGGGGCCGCGGGAAACGGGGGAACGACCGCCGCAAAUUAUACGAGAACUACCUGUUAGGUUGUC